GCUCGGAUCGGCUGCCCGCGAAGGAGAGACGCACCGGCACCCACGAGGCGCAAACUCACCGUCCCACAAUGACCGUGGAGAGGAUAUUCGACGAGAUCGGACAUUUCAAACGAUUUCAGGCAUGUCUGUACUUCGCAGCAGUCUUCCAGGUGAUAGCCUGUGGGAUCCACUACCUGGCCUCUGUAUUCUUAGUGCAGACGCCAAACUUUGUGUGUGGGGGGCCAGGCAACAUCACUGAGGUCCUAUAUGGUAACCUGACAGCGUCUAGCCUGGAGGACAUCCUACCAAUCUUCAAGGCAGGGACUGGGCCCUUGGUAGUGACGACGGGUGGGGGGGAGCAGUGGCAGCUCAGCCGGUGCCACAGCGCCACGCGCAUCAACCCACGACCCUUUACAGACACCUUAUAUACCAACAAAACAGUGAAAGCCUGCGAAGGGACCUUUGUCUACGACCUCACUGAAGUUCACCAAAGCAUCGUGACGGACUGGGACUUGGUGUGUGAGAAGGAGUGGCUAGCUAAGCUGUGCCAGCCUACUUUCAUGCUGGGGGUGCUGAUCGGAGCGUUGGUGUUUGGGGAUCUUGCUGACAGAAUUGGUCGCGUGAAGAUCAUGAUGUUCACCAGCCUGUGUCAGUUUGUCCUCGGGGUUUCUGUAGCAUUCUCUGGAAACUAUUAUAUCUUUGUGGUGCUCCGCUUUCUUCUUGCAAUGGUGUCCAGCGGCUACCUCGUGGUGGUGUUUGUCUACGUCACUGAGUUCACUGGCAUUAAGGUACGCACAUGGACCUCUAUGCACGUGCACGCAGUCUUUGCUGUGGGCAUCAUGGUGGUGGCCCUGACCGGCUACCUGGUGCGGGUCUGGUGGAUCUACCAGAUCAUCCUCUCCACCUACACCUCGCCUUUCCUGCUCAUCUGCUGGAAGUUUCCUGAAACACCCUUUUACUUGAUGGCCAAGGGCCGUUACAAGGACGCCCAGGCUCUGCUGGACAGGAUGGCCCGCUUCAACGGCCUCGAAUGCAGGCUGAAGGUGGAGGACCUGUUGGAGCCGGAGGAGAGAGAGAACAGCACAGCUCUGCUGGGGCAGGAGGAGGAGGAGGAGGAGCGGCCAGCACCGUCUGAGAAGAAGCUGUCCAUCCUGUCUCUGUUCGGCAGCUGGAGGAUGGCGGGCCGUACGUGCACAGUGUGGUCCAUCUGGUUCAUCGGCAGCCUGGGCUACUAUGUCUUCUCUUUGGGCUCUGUCAACUUAGGAGGAAACCAGUACAUGAACCUCUUCCUAGCUGGUGCAGUGGAGGUCCCCUCUUAUCUGGUUGGCUGUUUUGCAAUGGAUCGGAUUGGCAGGAAGAAGACGUGCGCCCCAGCUCUGCUCCUGGCCGGCGUCGCCUGUAUGCUCAUCAUUGUGGUACCUGCUGAUAUUGAUGCACUGGCCAUCGCUCUGUGUAUGAUAGGGAAGUUUGCCAUUGCAAUCGCCUUUGGUCUCAUCUACCUAUACACCUGUGAGCUUUACCCAACCAUUAUCAGGUCUCUGGCAGUGGGUAGUGGCAGUAUGAUAUGCCGUGUUGGCAGUGUGGUGGCCCCCUUCUGCGUGUAUCUGGCUGAUUACUGGAUCUACCUACCUCAGCUCAUCGUGGGAAUCCUGGCGUUCAUUAUUGGAGUGAUGAUGUUGUUGUUGCCUGAGACCCUUGGCAGACCUCUCACAACCACUUUGGAAGAGGCUGAAGCUCUGGGAAGAGAGCCCAUCAAGAAGAACUUGGGGCAUAAAGAUGCUGGGGACGGGUUGGAGAUGAACCAACAUGAAGCCAAGGCCUGAGUUGUACACUGCUGGAAUCCAAGAGAGACUGACGUACAAAGAAGCUUUGGGGGACAAAAAUAAAGGAAAAAAGAGAGGAAAUGGUGCCUGCAAAAAGUGGAAAGAGUAACAUCAUUGAUUUUGCUUUUAUAAGAACUUGAAAGGCCAUGUUUGUUGGCAUUUUUUCUUCAAAGUGACCAACAGAACAUUUCCUUUGGGGUCCUAAGACAUUGCACAAACCCUUUUGUGUUCAUACAGAUCACAGUAACAACCACCAACAGAUCUGUGAAACCACAGUAGUCCAUGAGUUUAUUGAAGAUAAUGAAAAGGAAAUGAUUUGCUGUGUUUGUUUGUGUGUGUGUGUGUGUGUGUGUGUGUGUGUGUGUGUGGUUGGGUGUUUCCGAGACGGGGAAUAACUGAAGGAUAUUAAUUAAUAAUUUCAGUUGAAGGCAAUUUCAGUUUUAAUUUUGUUGUUUUGUUAUUUUUUUAUUAUUUUUCCAAAAUGCAGACUUUCAAUAGGUCCAAGUUGAACAAGGAAACCGAUGGAUGUUUACGAUGGAAAGCUUGAGAGAUAUAAUUUUACUGUUUGCAAAUGUAAAUGAUGUUUAUCAUAUUAGUUUGGCUAGCUUGUCAGAUGGUCAGAAAUGCAAAAAUAACACCCAUAUUGUAGAAAACUGAAAUAAUCUUUUACAAAAGGAAGUGGGCAUGAGUUUAUGCUCUGUGAUUUAGAUACCUGCCUAACUGUUAUCAUACAUGUAGAACAUUUCUGUGCCUGUCUUGAAGCUAUAGUAUUAAAGCACACAGAUUCCAUUUUAUUCUAAACACACAAUGCAAUUAAUCUAAUUUCCAUGACACACACAAUAUCAUGUUUUAUUCUAAAACAAGUGCCUUAUUUUUUGUUUCAUAUCAAACUAGUGUGGGAAAACAAUAAAUCAUGAAGAGUUUAACAAUCAACAGUUUUCUUGAUUUGUAAAUGAAGAGUUUGUUUGCUUCAUUUCAUUAUAGAUGAAUAAAUAUUCUUCUUCACUACACUGCACUUUUCAAUCUGUGUUGUUCAUAUUUAUCUGCUGCAAAACUAUACAUCGACAACGUUUAGUUAGAGGAAAUAAUAUUUUGACAAAUUACCUAAUAACCAUGGCAAGUUAGAACAUCUUAUUUUUUCCUUAUUUCUUCUUCUUUGUCUUCUCUGUCGGUUAAAAGUUCAUAUUGGUGCUGGAAAUGCAGGGAAUCAUUUUUUUUCAAACAAGAACAUAGAGCAAGUCUCUAAAAAAAGCCACCUCCACUAACAGCUUCCUAUUUGCCUUCCCCACGGCACCACCCAACUCAUGAACUAACCCUCUGUUCAACUUUGAAAUAGAAAACUAUGCAGAUCCACAACGGUGUACAAUACUGUAUGUGUCUGUGUAUAUGUGUACAUGGAAAAGCUAGGGUUGUGCACUUUACUUUGUAUGUCGGAAAUAAAUUCAUAGUCGAAAAAAAAGUCAUAUGUUGAAAAAUUUGAAAGAAA